ACUAAAUCUUGCAACUACUAAAAUAAUCUUAAGGGAAUUUGAAUAUCUUGAUGACCUUCUCUAAUGAACUCGGUAAAAUAGCCUUGUAACUUAGGGAGAAGGCUUGCUUCCUCGCAAAGUGGUUGCAAUGACCUACCAACAACGUAGGUCUUUGCAAGGUUGUAAGACCGUGUAUGGAGGUCGAUGUCUUAUUAGUGUCGGGAGGUUAAGGAUGUUGGUAACAAGAUGAUGGAGGAAUUGGCAAUCGAAUUUUGAGUUUAAUUAGUUGAUUAUUAAUGAACAAAGAAAAAUGACAUGAUAUCUUUAACAUGUGCAUGCAUCGAGCAAUUAAUUCAAGUGUACAACAAGCAUCUCCAACAUAUAGAAUCAAUACGAUUAACAAAGAAAAUAAAAUCCUUUUUGUUACGUCCAAUAUAUGGUCAACAUAGUAUCAAGUGGAUAGCAUGCCAGAUGCCUUGAGGCAGAGCCGAUACCACAUGAAGAGAUGUUUUGCCAGGUUCACUGGAAUGGGAAGAAGGCUAAUGAAAUCCCAGCAUUUAAAGGAAGAGAUAGAGAAAACAAUUGAGGACAAGCUUGAGCGAUCCAAGAUUUUGGGAGGUACCAUUGGUGAUAUCUUCAAUUCAACACAGGAGGCAGUUGUGGUACCACCUUAUGUUGCUUUUGCAAUGAGACACAAUCCUGGGGUUUGGGACUAUGCUAAGGUGAAUGCAGAGAAUCUAUCUGUUGAUAUCAUCACAGGCGAAGAAUAUUUGAAAUUCAAAGAAAUGAUCAUUGAUGAGAACUGGGCUAAGGAUGACAAUGCACUGGAAAUAGAUUUUGGAGCAUUCGACAUUUCCAUUCCUCGUCUAUCCCUUUCUUCGACCAUUGGAAAUGGGAUGACCUAUAUCUCGAAAUUCAUGACAACGAAAUUCAGUGAGAAUCCUGAGAGCGCGAAGACUUUGGUCGAGUACUUGCUUGCUCUCAAGCAUCAGGGAGAGAAAUUAAUGAUUAACGAGACUCUCAAUACGAUAACAAAGCUUAAAGAAGCGCUGAUAAUUGCUGAAAUUUAUGUCUCUGCUCAACCGAAGGACACGCCUUAUCAAAAUUUUGAGUCAAAGCUUAACGAAUGGGGCUUUGAGAAAGGGUGGGGCGAUAAUGCGGAAAGAGUAAGAGAGACAAUGAGGAUACUUUCCGAGGUACUUCAAGCACCGGAUCCUACAAAUGUAGAAGUUUUUUUGGGCAGGCUUCCUGUCACAUUCAACAUUGUUAUCUUCUCUGUUCAUGGCUAUUUUGGCCAGUCAGAUGUCCUCGGAUUGCCUGACACUGGAGGCCAGGUGGUUUACAUUCUAGAUCAAGUGAAAGCUUUAGAGGAAGAACUUUUAUCAAGAAUUAAGCAGCAAGGCUUAAAUGUGAAGCCCCAGAUUAUAGUGGUGACUCGUCUCAUACCAGAUGCGCAAGGGACGAAAUGCAAUCAAGAGAUCGAGCCUAUUAUUAACACCUCACAUUCUUACAUCCUCAGGAUCCCAUUUAGGACAGAGAAGGGGAUUCUCCGCCAAUGGCUUUCUCGAUUUGAUGUCUACCCUUAUUUGGAGAGGUUUUCCCAGGACUCUAGUGCAAAGAUAGUUGAGCUAAUGGAAGGUAAACCAGACCUCAUACUUGGGAAUUAUACCGAUGGAAAUAUUGUGGCAUCUUUAGUGGCUAGCAGACUUGGAGUAACUCUGGGAACCAUUGCUCAUGCUUUGGAGAAAACUAAAUACGAAGAUUCAGAUAUGAGAUGGAAGGAAUUGGACCCCAAAUACCACUUCUCAUGCCAAUUUACAGCUGAUUUAAUUGCAAUGAAUACUGCUGAUUUUAUAGUUACCAGCACAUAUCAAGAAAUUGCGGGAAGCAAGAACCGACCUGGACAAUACGAAAGCCAUGUCGAAUUCACUAUGCCAGGGCUCCAUAGAGUAGUUUCAGGCAUCAAUGCAUUUGAUCCGAAGUUUAAUAUCGCUUCACCGGGAGCAGAUCAGUCCAUCUACUUCCCGUUCACGGAGAAACAUAACCGACUUACCACGUUUCAACCUGCCAUUGAGGAACUAUUGUACAGUAAGGAGGAUAAUGACGAGCACAUUGGAUUUCUUGCAGAUCAAAAGAAACCAAUUAUCUUUUCAAUGGCAAGACUUGAUACAGUGAAGAAUAUUACAGGGUUGACUGAGUGGUAUGGGAAGAAUAAAAAGCUUAGGAGUUUGGUAAACCUCGUUAUUGUUGGUGGAUUCUUCGAUCCAUCCAAAUCGAAGGACAGGGAAGAAAUGGCUGAAAUCAAGAAAAUGCAUGCUUUAAUUGAAAACUACGAACUUAAAGGCCUAAUACGAUGGAUAGCCGCUCAAACUGAUAGAUAUCGUAAUGGUGAACUGUACCGGAGCAUUGCUGACACGAGGGGGGCUUUUGUGCAGCCUGCAUUAUAUGAAGCUUUUGGUCUAACCGUUAUUGAAGCAAUGAACUGUGGAUUACCCACAUUUGCAACCAAUCAAGGGGGACCAGCAGAAAUCAUCGUUGAUGGUGUCUCAGGAUUUCUCAUCGAUCCUAACAAUGGUGACGAAUCAAGUAACAAGAUUGCUGAUUUCUUUGAGAAAUGUAACGGAGAUCCUAAAUAUUGGCAUAGGAUGUCUCAAGGAGGUCUCAAGCGCAUAUACGAAUGCUAUACAUGGAAGAUAUAUGCAACCAAAGUCCUGAAUAUGGGGUCAGCUUACGGCGUCUGGAGGCAGUUAAACAAAAUGCAGAAGCAAGCUAAACAAAGAUACAUUGAUAUGUUGUACAAUCUUCACUUCAGGAAAUUGGCCAACAAUGUAGCCACCCCUCUUAAAGAAAGACAGCCAUCUACCCCAACGGACACUAGUGAAUCCCAACAACCAGCACUGCAAAAACCAGCGCCAGCGCCAGCGCCAGUACCAGCACCAGCACCAGCACCACCAAAACCUCCACGGACUCAAAGGCCUAAACCCGGAGGGGAGAUUGACUCUACGUCGUGUGCUUGUCCCUGGUGGUUGUGUUUAUGCGUCUCUUCUUGUAUCAUCAUUUAUGCUGCGCUGAAGCUGUAUGGUUCACACGACUGACUUCGUAAAAUCAUGACUACAUUCCUAUGUUAAUGAAUAUGCCAAUAUUCAUCGGUUUGUACGAAUAUCAAUUCAGUAAAUGAAAUAAUGACAUGUUGAUCCUUC